AUGGUAUUGUUGUGGAAGAAUGCAUUGUGUGUGACCACUUUGGUGGUAGCAUCGAGUGGCGUAGUCCAUUCGUUUUCCAUUCCAGAUGCCGUUUCCCUGGUGAACUCGGGGUCAGAAGGCCUGAUGAAUAUUGUUUCGACGGCCGAAUCUCCCAUGGAAGCAGUUUCCAUGUUGCCGAAUUCUGUCAAGGCUGCUGGAGUCGCGGCAGUGGCUCUUCCUGUGGCCCCCAGUGUCCUUCAGGUUGCCAAAUCCAUUCAACAAUUGGGCAAAAACGACAAAAAAGCCAAGGGCAGCGGCAAGAAGCAAUCUUACUCGUCGUCGAAUAUUGUCACGUACCCCGAAGGACAAGCUGCCACGUACGAAAUGAACGACAAUGUGGUUCCCUUUGAAUUUGGAGAUGCCGCCUUUGUCCGACCCCUGCUCAAAUCCACCCAACUCGAGACACGUCCUCUCCAGGUCGUCUACGAUGCCAAUCGAGAUGGAUACGAUGCCAAAACGUUUCAUUCCAAAGUCGACGGGAAAGGUGCGGCCGUGGUACUCGCCAAAGUGGCGGGACAAUGGUGCGGUGGCUACAACCCACGUGGAUGGGCGUCACUGGGACAAGCCCGAUCCAGUGUGGCGGCAUUUUUGUUUUACAAACAACCAUUGAAGGGAUGGCAAAAAUGUCGGGUCAGUCGGACGGGUAGUAUGGCGUGUGGAAAUGAUCUCUAUGAUUCCGGAAUUUUCUUUGGAGCCGACUCGUUCAUUAUUCCUCUGCGCCAACCCAACCCACGACAAGUCACCAGUCGAUUGGGACAGUACUUUGAACCAUGUCCCGAUGGAAAAUUGACCAUUCUGCCAAGACCCAGUUUGGAAUAUGAAUUGCAAGAAUUGAAGAUUUUGACCGGUGUCUAUGCACCGGAUGAGAUUAUUCCCAACUCGGGAGGUGUUUUGGAGCUUGGCUAUUAUUAA